GGCACAGCGCCGUGUUGCUGUGAUUCACCCACGCAACAAGCAGAGAGGCACGGAGACGAACUAAGCUGCGUUCAUCAAGGAGCUGCUAAUUGAGAUACACAUUGGCUGACCCUCGCUAUUUUCCGUUGAUUUGUGCGAGCUUGCUUUUUGGGACGGCGCGUUUCUCUGCUCUGUCUCUGUCCCGUUCUCACUCGGCUCCAAGACAAGCACCCCAUCAUACCCACGCCACUCACCGGGAGGAUGGGGACUAGCUUCAUGAGAGGGAUCGCGGUGGCCGCUGUAGCAGCGAUCUCGCUCCAGAAUUCGCGAGCGGGGGCCUUUGCGCCCCCUGCAUUCGUCCCGGCAGGCCCAGCGCACUGCCGCUCAUGCUCGUCGUCGUCGACGUCCGCACUGGCUCGUACAGCAGCAGCGAGCAGCAGCAGCAGCAGCAGCAGCAGAGCGCAACAGCAGGCGCGGGGGUGGGGAUCGGCGCCGCGGCGCAACGGGGCUUCUGAGAGCGCCGUUGCACCGCGCCGCAUGUCGUCGACGGACAUCGAAUCCCCGUUCGCCUCGCCCGGCAUGGCGGACAUGGGGGAUGGGGAGGACGCGGAUGCCUUGCUGACGCUCACCCUCGAGAACGUUGAGACCGUGCUGGACGAGAUGCGACCGUACCUCAUGUCGGAUGGAGGGAACGUGCGGGUGGUGGAGAUAGACGGUCCGGUGGUGCGGCUGGAGUUGGAGGGCGCCUGCGGCAGCUGCCCUUCCAGCACGAUGACGAUGAAGAUGGGUCUGGAGAGGCGAUUAAUGCAACGGAUCCCGGAGAUCAGCGAGGUCGUACAGUCCAUCCCCAACGGCCCGGAGCUGACGGUUGAGAACGUGGAGAAGGUGCUGGACGGGGUACGGCCAUUCCUGAGCGUGGCGGGGGGGAGCAUCAACAUUCAAUCGCUCACAGGGGUGUCUUCGAUUCAGCCGGUGAUAACGCUGAAGAUGACGGGGUCGAGCGCAAGCCUGAAGUCGAUCAGGAUGGAGAUUAUGCAGCGCAUUCAGCGCGAGUUCAUGAUGUCUUCCUUGAGAGUAGAGUUCGCUCCAUGAUGUAUCUCUGAACAGGAGCAUCUUGUCGAUGUCUAGCUGAUCUCGCGCCACAUGCUUUGGGCGUGUGCGGCGGCUUCCUCUGGGAAGGACGGUGAUUUGUCUGCCCACUUGGUCGUGGCCUUAUUUUUUUCUGAUUUCCUUGCGCCAUGUGCGCAGGACUGCCUGCCUGUGCUGUUUGUGGUUACGGUUAUCGUCCGUUUCGUUGUUCUUGUUGAAAAGAAAUAGGAGAUUGAGACGGAAGCAUUUUGUUGUCUGAGGUGUGGAUCAUGCGGCUGUUGCGUCAUUUCCCAGCCAGGUACCGACAGCAAAUCCUGGCCAACUGGAUUUUUUUUACCUACAGAAGGUUCUUUUGUACACCAAGUACUGUCGAAACGCACGACGUUAUUGCCCUAGUCAGGUCUGAUCUUUACUGGAGGGCGGGGUUCCAGAGACGGUCGUGAACGGGCACACGGUUUCUGGUUGAGCGAGUGUGAUGACGCGGGCGUUACUAUAUUUUGUGCCUCAGGUGUCCACUCCUAUUGGAGAGGCUAACAAGUAAGACCCUCCGUAAAAACUGGUCCCCGUCCACACCUUGUGCGGCAUCUCGUAAGGACCCCGCCCUCCAGCCCCAUCUCGUGCGUUGUAGUCUUCGUUGCUGGUUGUUGAUGUUUUCGUUUUGCGGUUCAUGGGUCUACUGUAGCUGGGCGCUUUUGGGUCCCAACGCGCCGGUAGUGCAAGCUUGGAGGGGUUUGGGAGAGUCGAAGCAAACUUGGCUUGUCGAUGCAGUGGAAUCACGGUUUUUGUGGUCCAGUGCUUACGCAGGCGUUUUAGUUCUGGUCUCGUGGUCGAUGAAGAACAGCGAGAGCGGUAGGGCGGGGUAAACCGCUCAACUGACGGGUCAUGCGCUCGCCGAAAAUCAAACGACACUUGAAACAUGAGACGAUUUGAGUCCAACUUUUAAUGUAUGUACGUAACGCUCCGUCGAGCGUGGCCCAGUUUUUUGCCGCGCCAACGUGGGUGGAACCAUGCGAUGAGCGGGCUUGUCUACUUCCUACCAGAGUCGGGCGAAUCGAUGUAGCAUGCG